GCACCACUCCAAGGUGCUCUCCGGUCCGACUUCCUCUCCUCUCUUGGCCUUUCGCAAUGCAAGUGCCUGCAGGCCGCCCACCUCCGGGAAUUUCCCCCUUCACAUUCCUUUCUGCUCAAAUAGAGCAGAGCGGCCUCAAGAAGAGCUUCUGGGUGCCCCUGCAGGGGUGGCAGGACCCCAGGCUACUUGGCCCUUUGACUCUCAGAUGCCCAUGGGUGCUGCGGCUCUGGGUGUCCCAGCGCCAGACCAGAGAGCCAGCCGAGGGUCCUCCUGAUGUCCCAGGACACCCCUGUUCCCGCCUCCCGCCUGCCAGUGGUCUCCUCGCCCCAGACGGACACGGAAGCUGGGAGCCUCCCCAGCAGCUCAGGACUGCAGCUGAAGGGCUCCACAAUGCCCCUGUAGCCGGCUUGUAGACGAUGACCAGGAGCAGUCCAGGGUCCGCCCUCUGCCGCCACCCCCACGGCCCAGCCUAGCACCACCACCCCCAUGUGCAUGGCUCCUGGACCGGGAUCCUCCUGUCACCUGGGAGCCACAGGACUGGCCUGAGUUCCUCCUCCUCCUCCUCCUCCUCCUCCUCCUCCUCCUCCUCCUCCUCCUCCUCCUUCUCCUCCUCCACCUCCUCCUCUUCUUUUUCCUCCUCCUCCUCCUCAUCCUCCCCAUCCACCUUGGCCACCAGGUUCGUGUGGGGGAGCCUGGGCUCAGAGUCCCAGCUUCUGCACCUGAGAUCUGUGAGUCUCUCGGCAGCCGUCUCCCAAGCACACAGCCCACGUUCCCUGCACACCUCGGCGUCUGGCCGACGUGCCCGCUGGCACCAGGAUGGCAGUGCUUGGCCAGCUGGCCCUGCUGCUCUGGAAGAACUACACACUGCAGAAGCGGAAGGUGCUAGUGACGGUGCUGGAGCUGCUCCUGCCGCUGCUGUUCUCCGGGAUCCUCAUCUGGCUGCGCCUCAAGAUCCAGUCGGAGAAUGUGCCCAACGCCACGGUCUACCUCAAACAGCCCAUCCAGGAGCUGCCCCUGUUCUUUGACUUCCCGCCCCCUGGGGACUCCUGGGAGCUGGCCUAUGUGCCGUCCCAGAGCGAGGCCGCCAAGGCCGUCACUGAGACGGUGAGCAGAGCCUUCGUCAUCAACAUGCGAGUCCGUGGCUUCCACUCAGAGCAGGACUUUGAGGACUACAUCAGGCACGACAACCGCUCCUCCAAUGUGCUGGCCGCCCUGGUGUUCGAGCACGCCUUCAACCACAGCAAGGACCCUCUGCCACUGGCGGUGAAGUACCACCUUCGCUUCAGCUCCACGCGCAGGAACUACAUGUGGACCAAGGCCGGCUCCUUCUUCCUGAAAGAGACAGACGGCUGGCACACCACCUCUCUCUUCCCUCUGUUCCCGAGCCCAGGGCCCCGUGAACCCAAGGCCCCCGAUGGUGGCGAGCCAGGGUACAUCCGCGAGGGCUUCCUGGCCGUGCAGCAUGCCGUGGACAGGGCGAUCAUGCAGUACCACGCCAAGGCCUCCGCGCACCAGCUGUUCCAGAGGCUCUCAGUGGUGGCCAAGCGCUUCCCCUACCCGCCCUUCCUCUCUGACCCCUUCCUGGUGGCCAUCCAGUACCAGCUGCCGCUGCUGCUCAUGCUCAGCUUCACCUACACCGCCCUCUGCAUCGUGCGCGCUGUGGUGCAGGAGAAGGAGAGGAGGCUCAAGGAGUACAUGCGCAUGAUGGGGCUCAGCAGCUGGCUGCACUGGGCCGCCUGGUUCCUCCUGUUCUUCCUCUUCCUCCUGGUCACCGUCUCUUUCAUGACCCUGCUGUUCUGUGUCAAGGUGAAGAAGGACAUGGCGGUGCUGGCUCACAGCGACCCCUCGCUGGUGUUCGUCUUCCUCACCUGCUUCGCCAUCGCCUCCAUCUCCUUCAGCUUCAUGGUCAGCAGUUUCUUCAGCAAAGCCAACAUGGCAGCAGCAGUUGGUGGCUUCCUCUACUUCUUCACCUACAUCCCCUACUUCUUCGUGGCUCCCCGCUACAACUGGAUGACCCAGAGCCAGAAGCUGCUCUCCUGUCUGCUGUCCAAUGUUGCCAUGGCCAUGGGCGCCCAGCUCAUAGGCAAGUUUGAAGCCAAAGGCACAGGUAUCCAGUGGUGUGACCUCCUGAGCCCUGUCAACGUGGACGACAGCUUGGCCUUCGGGCAUGUUCUGGGCAUGCUGCUGCUGGACUCGCUGUUCUACGGCCUGGUCACCUGGUACGUGGAGGCCGUCCUCCCAGGCCAGUUCGGCGUCCCACAGCCCUGGUACUUCUUCCUCACGCCCUCCUAUUGGUGCGGGAGCUCCCGGACAGCACUGGGCAAAGAGGAAGGGGACGACGACCCUGAGAAAGCACUGAGAACCGAGUUCUUCGAAGCCGAGCCAGAGGACCUGGUGGCGGGGAUCAAGAUCAAGCAUGUGUCCAAGGUGUUCCGAGCAGGUGGCCAGAGCAAGGCAGCUGUCCGCGACCUGACCCUGAACCUCUACGAGGGCCAGAUCACCGUGCUGCUGGGCCAUAACGGGGCAGGGAAGACCACCACCCUCUCCAUGCUCACAGGUCUCUUCCCUGCCUCCAGCGGCCGGGCCUACAUCAGCGGCUACGAGAUUUCCCGCGACAUGGCUCAGAUCCGCAGGAACCUGGGCCUGUGCCCACAGCAUGACGUUCUGUUCGACAACCUGACGGUGGCCGAGCACCUGUACUUCUAUGCGCAGCUGAAAGGCCUGUCCCGCCACAAGUGCCCCGAGGAGGUCCAGCAGAUGCUGCGCACGCUGGGUCUGGAGGACAAACGGGACGCCCGCAGCAAGUUCCUGAGCGGCGGCAUGAAGCGCAAGCUCUCCAUCGGCAUCGCCCUGGUGGCCGGCUCCAAGGUGCUGAUGCUGGACGAGCCUACCUCGGGCAUGGACGCCGUCUCCCGCAGGGCCAUCUGGGACCUCCUCCAGCAGCAGAAGAGUGACCGCACCGUCCUGCUGACCACCCACUUCAUGGAUGAGGCGGACCUGCUGGGGGACCGCAUCGCCAUCAUGGCCAAGGGGGCGCUGCAGUGCUGCGGGUCCUCACUGUUCCUCAAGCAGAAGUACGGUGCGGGCUACCACAUGACGCUGGUGAAGGAGCCGCACUGCAACCCCGAGGCCAUCUCUCAGCUCAUCUGCCAGCACAUCCCCAACGCCUCCCUGGAGAGCAGCGCCGGUGCCGAGCUGGCCUUCGUCCUGCCCAAGGAGAGCACGCACAGGUUUGAGAGUCUCUUCUCGAAGCUGGAGAUGAAGCAGAAGGAGCUGGGCAUCGCCAGCUUCGGGGCCUCUGUCACCACCAUGGAGGAGGUGUUCCUGCGGGUCGGCAAGCUGGUGGACAGCAGCAUGGACAUCCAGGCCAUCCAGCUGCCCGCCCUGCAGUACCAACAUGAGCGGCGUGCCAGCGACUGGGCCCUGGACGGCCACCUGUGCGGGGCCAUGGACCCCACCAACGGUGUGGGCACGCUUAUCGAGGAGGAUGGCGGCACUGUGCUCCUCAACACCGGGCCAGCCCUGCACUGCCAGCAGUUCUGGGCCAUGCUCCUGAAGAAGGCCACCUACAGCUGGCGCGAGUGGAAGCUGCUGGCGGCCCAGGUGCUGGUGCCCCUGGCAUGUGUCACACUGGCGCUCCUGGCCAUCAACUACUCCUCCGAGGUCUUGGAUGACCCGCCGCUGAAGCUGUGCCUGGGCGAGUACGGCAGCACCGUGGUGCCCUUCUCAGUGCCCGGCACCUCCCGGCUGGACCAGCAGCUGGUGGAGCAACUGAAGAGUGUGCUGCGGGCCCAGGGCCAGGAGCCCCGAGAGGUGCUGGGUGACCUGGAGGAGUUCCUCAUUUUCCGAGCCUCGGUGGAGGGGGGCGGCUUUAACGAACGCUGCCUAGUGGCCGUGUCCUUUCGAGAUUCGGGCAAGGGCACAGAGGUCACUGCCCUGUUCAACAACCAAGCCUACCACUCCCCGGCCACGGCACUGGCCAUCGUGGACAACCUGCUGUUCAAGCUGCUGUGCGGGCCUGGGGCCUCCAUCACUGUCUCCAACUUCCCCCAGCCCCGGAGCAGCCUGCAGGCCGCCAAGGACCAGUUCAGCGAAGGCCGGAAGGGCUUCGACAUCGCCCUCAACCUGCUCUUCGCCACGGCCUUCCUGGCCAGCACCUUCUCCAUCCUGGCUGUCGGCGAGAGGGCCGUACAGGCCAAGCACGUGCAGCUGGUCAGCGGCGUCCACGUGGCCACCUUCUGGCUGUCAGCUCUGCUGUGGGACCUCCUCUCCUUCCUGGUCCCAAGCCUGCUGCUGCUGGUGGUGUUCAAGGCCUUCGACGUGCACGCCUUCACGCGGGACGGCCACAUGGCUGACGCCCUGCUGCUGCUGCUGGUCUACAGCUGGGCCAUCAUCCCGCUCAUGUACAUGCUCAGCUUCCUCUUCUCGAGCGCGGCCACCGCCUACACGCGGCUCACCAUCUUCAACGUGCUGUCUGGCAUCGCCACCUUCCUCAUAGUCACCAUCAUGCGCAUCCCAGCGGUAAAGCUAGAAGAGCUUUCCAGAACUCUGGACCAUGUCUUCCUGGUGCUGCCCAACCACUGCUUGGGCAUGGCGGUGAGCAGCUUCUACGAGAACUAUGAGACAAGGCGCUACUGCAUGUCCUCUGAGGUGGCGGCCCACUACUGCAAGAAGUACAAGAUCCAGUACCAGGAGAACUUCUAUGCCUGGGGUGCCCCGGGGGUUGGCAGGUUUGUGGCCUCCAUGGCCACCUCGGGCUUCAUCUACCUGGCGCUGCUCUUCUUCCUGGAGACGGACCUGCUGUGGAGGUUCCGGACCUGCCUGUGCGCCUUCCGGAGGCGGUGCGCCCUGAUGGAGGCAUCCACUUGGACCUCUGUGGUUCCCGAGGACCAGGAUGUGGCCAACGAGAGGAGCCGCGUCCUGGCCCCCAGCCUGGACUCGCUGCUGGACACGCCUCUGGUCAUCAGGGAGCUCUCCAAGGUGUAUGAGCAGCGUGCGCCCCUCCUGGCCGUGGACAAGCUCUCCCUGGCCGUGCAGAAGGGGGAGUGCUUCGGCCUUCUGGGCUUCAACGGAGCAGGGAAAACCACAACUUUCAGAAUGCUGACGGGCGACGAGACCAUCACUUCUGGGGAUGCCUUCGUGGGGGGCUACAGCAUUCGCUCUGACAUCGGGAAGGUGCGCCAGCGGAUCGGCUAUUGCCCACAGUUUGAUGCCCUGCUGGAGCACAUGACGGGCCGGGAGACGUUGGUCAUGUACGCCCGGCUGCGGGGAGUCCCCGAGUGCCACAUCGGCGCCUGCGUGGAGAACACACUGCGGGGCCUGCUCCUGGAGCCCCACGCCGACAAGCUAGUCAGGACCUACAGCGGCGGCAACAAGCGGAAGCUGAGCGCCGGCAUUGCCCUGAUCGGAGAGCCCGCCGUCAUCUUCCUGGACGAGCCAUCCACAGGCAUGGACCCGGUGGCCCGGCGCCUGCUUUGGGACACGGUGGCCCGGGCCCGAGAGUCCGGCAAGGCCAUCGUCAUCACCUCCCACAGCAUGGAGGAGUGUGAGGCCCUGUGCACCCGGCUGGCCAUCAUGGUGCAGGGCCGGUUCCGGUGCCUGGGCAGCCCGCAGCACCUCAAGAGCAAGUUUGGCAGCGGCUACGCCCUGCGGGCCAAGGUCCGGUGCGACGGGCGGCAGGUGGCGCUGGAGGAGUUCAAGGCCUUUGUGCACCUGACCUUCCCAGGCAGCGUCCUGGAGGACGAGCACCAGGGCAUGGUCCACUACCACCUGCCGGGCGUCGGCCUCAGCUGGGCCAAGGUGUUUGGCAUCCUGGAGAAGGCCAAGGAGAAGCUGGGAGUGGACGACUACUCUGUGAGCCAGACCUCGCUGGAGCAGGUCUUCCUCAGCUUCGCCCACCUGCUGCCGCCCAUCGAGGGAGAGGGGCCUUGAAGGCAGUGGUGCCCACUGGGUCACUCUCCGUCCACCAUCCACUCCUGCUCCUGUCUUACCAGUCACUGUUUUCUGCGAUGGACAUGAAAACUAAGGCCCUACAGGGACCAGUGUUUGCGGGCCCGCCCCCUGCGACCAGCAUGCCACACCCCAGGCCGGUGCUGAAGCUGCCCUCUGGGACUCCAGAGCCAGCCCCAAGCCAGCAGGCUGUGUAGACAGACAGGCUGUAGGAUCUCGGGUGGGCUGCCAUCUGGGGGGCCACAGCAGCCCGGGCCAGGGUCCCCUGAGCACUGGUGGCCACAUGGGCAUGUGGCACUGAGUCAUCUGGGUGGAGCAGAAGUUAGCAGGACAGUGGUAGCAGGGCUGGUCAGGCAGCCCAGGAUGCACAGAAAUGCCGCCUUCUUGGAGCAGAGGCCACUCCGAGGCCCGAGCUUGCCCCCGGAGCCAGGCUGUGCUGGCCGGCAUCCCGCUCCUCCAGGAGCUGCUGUCACCCCACCAGCAGCUCCCAGAAGCGGCGGCUCAGGGUGGACAGCAGCCCUCCUCCACCAGAUGCCGGCCUUUCCAGAAGCCACUGGCCAGGAGGCCCAUCAGGUCCAAGCAGGGCUGAGCAGCCUCUGUGGAGGGUGCAGCUGACAGCUGGUAACUCUGUCCAGAAAAUAAAGACUGGGGGAACAUG